GAAAUUCUGUCAUAUUGGAUAUGAGGUUGUGCCACUGAACGACAAAGCAGAAUAAGAUAUAGUUUGGUGUCUUAUGCUGUCUUCAUUCCCGUAUCUUGGAAUAAUCGAUAGACCACAUCCUGCAUAUCUCUCCUGAAGCUUACGCUAUAUGCACCUGCAAUCUGCCCAAUAUGAAAUGAAUUGCAAGGAAAGGUCCCUGAUCGUUCCCACUGUUCUCCUGGGUUGGGACUCCCAUACCCACUCCAAUCUUCAUUUACACAUUGGACUAGUCUAUAUCAUGACCUUGUUUCUCAUAUCCAGUCGUAGAUAUCCACACAGUUCGCUCAUGCCCACCGCACUGUCAUUUGCUAUUUGGCAUGGACUCGAAGGAACCCCGGAACGCCCAUUGCGUAGCCAAGCACUAUGGUGGUUUGCAUCCUUCACAUCGAUGACCUAUCUUCUAUGCCUGAAGGGUUUGGGCUUCGAUGACGUAGCCACGCGCAUAACUCAUUGCUAUUUCGAGAUGGUGUCACCCAAGUCGGUUCUGUCAAUGGCACCAGCGUCGCUGGGCGAAUUCCAUGAGUAGUUUGUGAAGCAAGGGAUAAUUCUCAUUCGGGACCUUGAUAGAGAGAAGAUUACGAAAAAGCUCAGGGACCUAUGUACUGGUGGCAAAUCCUGGUGAUUCCUGGAUUUGAUACCAACAGGACAACAAAUUUGUGCUUGGGGGUUGCAUUUGAAACGAGAAGAGGCCCGGUAACGUUGCAGAGGAACGCCGUUUGGAGCAACGCCAUACGCGAUGCUGAGCUGCUACGGUGUUGAAAACGGACUGUGGGAGAAAGAAACACCAUGCACCACAUGCUUCACUUCCAUGGAGGGUGAUACUUCGAUUAAAGAUCGAUUCUUCAAUCAGCG